CCGUCUUCUUCCUCGAAACGGGACUGUAAUUUUCCCUCAAAAAUAGUUCAAAGCUUCACGAAAUGAACCCAAAAUAACACUAGAUUCGAGAAAUUCGUCAAAUUUGGCCGGAUAAAUGGCUUCCGACGAAGGAACCAAUUUAGGUUCAUCUCCCUUGAAAUUUGGGACACCGGAGGCGUUGGAAGAGGUGCGGAAUCUCACUGACGUUGGAGACAUGACUAGACUUCUCCAUGAGUGCAUUGCAUAUCAACGAGCCCUAGAUCUAGAACUGGACACUAUCCUUUCACAUCGAUCUGACCUUGACAAGCAGCUUUCCGGCCUCCAAAAAUCCGCUCAAGUUCUCGACAUUGUUAAAGCAGACGCAGAUCACCUAUUCUCCAACAUCAGUUCAACUUCUCUCCUUGCUGAUCAGGUAAGCGCCAAAGUCCGUCAGCUCGAUCUAGGUCAAUCGCGUGUUAACGACACUCUCCUUCGUAUAGACGCUAUCGUUGAUCGCUCUAAUUGUUUAGACGGUGUACGUAAGGCACUCGCAUCUGAGGACUUUGAAUCUGCUGCUAGUUAUGUUCAGACGUUCCUUCAACUUGAUGCUAAGUACAAGGAUUCAGCUGCUUCUGACCAGAGAGACCAGCUCCUCGCCUCUAAGAAGCAGCUUGAAGGGAUUGUCCGGCGUAAAUUGGCAGAUGCAGUUGAUCAGCGUGAUCAUUCCACCGUUCUGCGGUUCAUAAGGCUGUAUCCCCCGUUGGCAUUGGAGGAGGAGGGACUGCAAGUGUAUGUGGCGUAUUUGAAGAAGGUAAUUGCCAUGAGAUCGCGCCUUGAGUAUGAGCAGUUGGUCGAAAUGAUGAGUGAUCAGCAGGGAUCCAGCCAGAACCAGCUUAAUUUUGUAUCCUGUUUGACUAAUUUAUUUAAAGAUAUCGUCUUGGCUAUUGAAGAGAACGAUGAAACUUUAAGGAGCUUGUGUGGAGAGGAUGGCAUUGUUUAUGCAAUAUGUGAACUUCAAGAAGAGUGUGACUCUCGCGGUUCCACUAUUAUAAAGAAGUACAUGGAGUACAGGAAACUAGCGAAAGUGACUUCUGAGAUUAAUUCGUACAAGAGCGAUUUGCUGUCUGUUGGAAUUGAAGGACCAGACCCCAGAGAUAUCGAGGUAUAUUUGGAGGAGAUCUUGUCUUUGACACAGUUGGGUGAGGAUUACACGGGGUAUAUGAUAUCAAAGAUUAGGGGUUUGAGUUCUGUUGAUCCCGAACUAGGUCCCCGUGCCACAAAGGCUUUUAGGAGUGGUAAUUUCAGUAAAGUUGUGCAAGAUAUUACCGGUUAUUAUGUGAUCUUGGAAGGAUACUUCAUGGUUGAGAAUGUGAGAAAAGCUAUAAAAAUUGAUGAACUCGUGUUCGAUAGUCUCACAACUUCCAUGGUGGACGAUGUCUUCUAUGUUCUGCAGAGCUGUUGUCGAAGGUCCAUAUCCACUUCAAAUAUCAACUCUGUUAUUGCAGUUUUAAGCAGUGCUGUAAGUCUAUUAGGUGGUGAGUUCAAUGAGGCUUUGCAGCAGAAGGUCAGAGAGCCUAAUCUUGGAGCAAAGCUGUUCACCGGUGGUGUUGCUGUACAAAAGACUGGUACAGAGAUUGCCACGGCUUUGAAUAAUAUGGAUGUGAGUGGUGAGUAUGCAUUGAAAUUACGGCAUGAGAUUGAAGAACAAUGUGCUGAGGUGUUUUCUGCACCAGCGGAUAGAGAGAGGGUCAAAUCAUGUUUAUCUGAAUUAAAUGAGACAAGCAAUGGUUUCAAGAAGGCCUUGAAUAUUGGCUUGGAACAACUAGUGGCUACUGUGACACCUCGAAUUCGGCCAGUGUUGGAUACUGUUGCAACAAUCAGCUAUGAGCUGUCUGAAUCUGAAUAUGCUGACAAUGAGGUAAAUGACCCGUGGGUUCAAAGGCUUCUCCAUGCUGUAGAGACCAAUGUGGCUUGGCUUCAACCAUUGAUGACUGCUAACAAUUAUGACUCUCUUGUACAUCUGGUCAUUGACUUUGUUGUUAAGAGGCUUGAGGUUAUCAUGAUGCAAAAGAGAUUCAGUCAACUUGGAGGUCUUCAACUUGACAGAGAUAUUCGAGCUCUCGUGAGCUACUUCUCCAACAUGACCCAGAGGACUGUUAGGGACAAGUUUGCUCGUCUAACCCAAAUGGCUACAAUAUUAAACUUGGAGAAGGUCUCUGAGAUUCUGGAUUUCUGGGGUGAAAACUCAGGACCCAUGACCUGGCGACUUACUCCAGCUGAGGUUAGAAGAGUGUUGAGUUUGAGGGUUGACUUUAAAUCUGAAGCAAUAUCGGCUCUUAAGUUGUAAACCUUUUUUAUUGUUUAAUUUUGUUCAAUAUCUCUUUAUACGCUUGAUGUUGCUACAUUUUAUAUUUUCAGGUUUGUUUAACCUCUAUAAGAGAUUGUAUUGGGCAUGAAAUCUAUGAAAUAUUGUUCAAUUCUUUCUA